GCAUUUUGAGUGGAUCGUUAUGCCUUUUGGCCUCACCAAUGCCCCGACGACCUUUCAAGCAGCAAUGACCAACGAGUUUCGUGCGAUGUUGGACCGGUUCUACCUAGUCUACUUAGACGACAUUCUCAUCUAUAGCCGGACAUUGGAGGAUCAUCUUGAGCACCUUCAACGAGUGUUGGAGAUGCUCCGCCGUGCCAAGUACAAAGCGAACCGCGACAAGUGCGAAUUUGUCCGGCAAGAGCUGGAAUACUUGGGCCAUUUUGUCACACCGAAGGACAUUAGUCCGUUGUCGGACAAAAUUCAAGCCAUCCAAAAGUGGUCGGAGCCGAAGAACGUCAGAAAUGUCCGUUCCUUCCUUGGCUUAGCCGGGUACUACCAACGCUUCAUCAAGGAAUACUCCAAGAUCGCGGUUCCUUUAUCCAAACUUCAAUGCGAGGACCAGCCAUUCGAGUUCGACGACAAUGUGCGAACUUCCUUUUUGGCUCUCAAAGCCGCAUUGCUAUCCGCGGAGGUGUUGCGCAUCUACGACCCGCUUUUGCCGACACGUAUCACUACCGAUGCGCCCGACUAUGGCAUUGGUGCUGUCCUCGAGCAACAUGAUGGCGUGGACUGGCACCCGAUCGAGUACUUUAGCAAAAAGGUGUCCGUCGUGCACUCGAUCGACGACGCAUGGAAGAAGGAAUUAUUGGCCUUCGUACACGCGCUCAAGCGCUGGCGUCAUUUUCUUCUCCGUGGACGGCAGUUCCGAUGGGUAACGGAUAACAAUUCAUUGGUCUUCUACAAGACCCAAGACACGGUCAAUAGCACCAUUGCCCGUUGGAUGACCUUCAUCAACCAGUUUGACUUUUUCCCCGACCACAUUCCGGGCAAGUCAAACCGUUUUGUGGAUGCUCUUUCACGACGUCUGGACUAUUGUACCGCAGUCUACUCAACUUUUGAGAUUCACGAAGACUUGCGGGACAACUUCAUCUGCGGUUACCGAGUCGACCGCGAGUUUUGCGACAAGUACGCAAAUUGCUCCUCUCCCAAUCCCGCACCAUCGCACUCUCGGAUCCAAGAGGGGUACUUGCUCGUCCACUCGCGAGGGAAGGAUCUUCUUUGUGUGCCACGAGAUUCACACUUGUGCACACGGCUUCUUGGUGAGUACCACGACGCUCCCGCCACCGGACACUUCGGAGUCAAUCGUACGAUUGGCCGACUGCGCGAGCGCUUUUGGUGGCCCGGUCGUCUCGACGACGUCACAUGCUAUUGCGAGUCAUGCAAGGUUUGUCGACGUUGCAAAUCCCACAAUCAUCGUCCGUACGGCGAGUUGCGACCAUUACCAGUCCCCUUGCGCCGAAGGGAAGCGAUUGCCAUGGACAUUACAGGGUCGUUCCCCAAGCACAAGACUGGUGUGGAUGAGAUUCUUACGGUGGUCGACUGACUCACCAAGUUCGCCAUGUUUUUGCCUUGCCGCUAUCAUGCCAAGGCACCGGAGUUGGUCACGGUUCUUUACGCCG